UUAGAUUCAAGGUCAAUCCACCAUGCACGUGAGAGCAAGGGGGGCGCGGAUAUAUAAAAGGAGGAUCCAGAAUUUUUAAAGUCAUUCCAGCUUUAGUCAGAAGGACAUCAAUCCAUCCAAACAGAGAGAGAAAUCUUAAGGGACCGAGACACGAUGUGGAAGAUUGCGUUCUGUUUGCUCGUACUCGUAGUGUGCAUGGAGUUGUCCACUGCAGAUCACCAUCACGACAAGAUCUCGUGGAGUAGGGCCAAAAGAAAGGGCAUAAAGAACAUACGUAAGAUUAUAAAGCCUAAGAUAAAGUCACUGCGAAAGACGUUUAGUGGAAAGUUUGGGGGAGACUAUGCAGAUAAAAAGGCUGAAGACUACACGAAGGCUAGCAACCCUGAGAUGAUGAUGAUGAUGAGAAUGAAGAAAAUGCUUUCCCCUUUCAGGAAAUUUAUGACUAAGGUACUUGAUCUGGGACACGAUCAUCAUGAGUCUGUAGAUGGACGCCCAGCCUUCUGUGGCGAGAACGAAUGUCCAGAUUUCAAGGUUAUAAAGAAAUCCACUCACUACGAGUUACGUCACUACCAGCCUAGCAAGUGGGUCAGCACUUCUGCAGUAGGCCAAUCAUGGACAAGCGAAAUCCAAAAAUCUCUUUUCUGGCCCCUCUUUGGUUACAUACAAGGCGCAAACAAAAAAGGAGAAAAGAUCGACAUGACUGUUCCCGUGAUCACAUCGAUUAGGCCAACCAAACCCAAUGAAUGGAACUUCACCAUGUCUUUCUUUUUAUCGCCAUCUAUUGCCACCCCACCGGCCCCGACAAAUGACAAGGUUUUCUUAACAAGCAAGUCAGACUUCAAGGUAUACGUACACUCGUUCAAAGGUUUCGCAUGGGGCCAGAAGGUGUGGGAGAAACACGCCGAAAUGAUGAAAAAACAUCUCGAUAAAGACAAACAGAAAUACGUCUCAAGUGAUAAGUUGUUUAUAACCGCUGGCUACGAUGACCCAAUGAAACUAUUCAACCGACACAACGAGGUCUGGCUCAAGGCGGAAACUGACUAAACGGAUCAUUCACUUGUCGAUGUUUAUAAUUAUCAUUUAUUUGAAAUAUCAUUAAAGACUAAAGCUUCAUACUCUUUAAUUUGAAACCAU